AUGGUUAAGAGAAAAGCUAGACUGGUGAUCUGCGGGAAUUUUCAAGAGAAACAGGGCCGCGAAGAUGUCUACGCCACAGGGUGUCUAUCAGAAGCUUUGCGUUCCGUGUUGGUGUGGGCUGCUGCUCAGAACUGGGACAUCGGCAGUACUGACAUACGCAACGCUUUUCUUUUGGCUCCGACGCCGCAAGAUUCCAUGGUCUAUGUCAUCAGGGCGCCUGUGGUGGUUAAGGAUGCCAUGGCGUUAUUGGGAUGCGAAGUGGCUGAGGCUUAUGCGGUCGACCGUGCUCUUUGCGGGUUCCGUAAGUCUCCAAAGCUAUGGAACGACUUCCGCAACACCGAGCUGAGGAAGGCCAAGAUCAUGAUCGCUGGACGCACGGCAGUACUCAGGCCAUUGGUGUCUGAUGAGAAUAUCUGGGCAGUAGUUUGGGAAGACAAGCUGCAGGAGAGUCCGGACGUUCCAAUUGGAUCACUAGCUAUCGCAUUGAUUGUGGUAUAUGUUGAUGAUUUGUUGUACUUGGGGCGGAAGUACGUGAUCCGUGCAGUGCAUCAGUGGGUCUCAAGCCGUUGGAAGUGUAACGACCUUGCUUUGGCUACAUCGCAGGAACCUAUUCGCUUUCUGGGUUUGGAAAUCUACAAACAGGAGUCGGGCCUCAGAAUUACCCAAGAAGGUUACGUUCGAGAGCUUGUCAAACAGCAUGCCCUCCAAGAUGCCAAGACCGUCAUGACGCCCUGCCCUCGUGAAUGGUUGUUGGGUCCUGACUUAGGCACGAAAUGCUUCACCAUUGGUCGCCUGCGCGAACUGGUCUCCCUAUGGGGUUUGCGGCCAGAGGAGCAUCAGUUGAGGAGUUUGAAGACGAGCUGGGAUAAGGCUACGUGGGCCUUGUUUUGGUCGUUGUUGGCCAGACAGCCAGCGACACUGAGCGCUACUACCACGCGCUGUCUGUGUAGAGAAGAGCCGCUAUGUCGCUUGUUGAGCGUGUAG